AUGGCGCUCUAUGUAGAUCCAUCACGCUCGGUGGCCAAUUGUAUUCUCUUCAGUGACACCAGUUUCCCGAAACAGCUAUGGCAGACGUCGAAACACGGCGGCGACAUUCGGAGAAGCAUUCCCAAAGGAAAAGAAAUAAGGCAAGGCGAGAAAGAACUAAAGGGCUUGCGGCGCCGGGUGGCAAGGCCAAGGCACCCAAGCGGUCACCCGCCAAGCAUAAACCGGCACGGCGCAGUGGUGCAGCCAAGGGCAGGCAGGCCGCCUGUGGCAGGACAAGCAAAUCUCGCAGCUCCAGGAAGACCCGCAAAGAUUCUUCACACAGUGAGGGAUGUUCAACUUGUUCAGAGGAUAGUUAUAGUGACAGUGAAAGUCAUUCUGAAAACUGCAGCACUUGCAGUGACUAUGAUACUGGCAGUGAUGAAAGUGACUCUCAAUGCUCCUGCUCAGACUGCUACAGUGAAGACGACUUGAGCUCUGAUGACACCCCACUGAAGUCGAAAAAGAAACGGAAGUAAUGAGUUUAAAUUUAGAACUUGGCUGUAAAUUUUAA